CAGAAAGGGCCAUUUACAUUUUUAUUUUUAGUUUUACGAUAACCGGAAACAAAAACGAUAACGAAAGGAAUUUUAUUUGUCACCAACUCACCAUGGAAUUGUUUGGUUGGCUGUUUUCGUGUUAAUGCCAUUCCCCCUUUUUCUUUUUCGAGUUCCCCCGAACCCUUGUAACGUACGGAGUAAUUCCAACCCUCCUGACUUGAAUUCCCUCAUUCGCCUCAACUCCACAACCUCAUACUCUCUCACUCAAGGAAGGCUCAAACCCUAACUGUCAUCCUCAUCUCCGGCCGAUAUACGGUGGUUUCCGCGGCGGUCUCCGGCAGACUCCCGGAAUCUGUGUGAUACCUCUGCUAAUUAUUAGGAUGGAAGAAAGUAGUGCAAUUGGUAGUCGAAGGGGUAGAAACAAGCGAUUUUGGAAUAGUGAAGAAGACAAGGCUCUAAUAGACGCUUUACAUGAAUUAUCUACUGAUCCGCGUUGGAAAUGCGAUUAUGGAUUUAGAAAUGGCUAUAUGAUUCGACUGGAGGAGAUGAUAGGAAAAUCAGUUCCAGGUUGUGGGUUGAAAGCUUCACCUCACAUUGAUUCAAGAUUGAAAACUCUGGUGGGAAAAUUUAGAGCUAUCCUUCAAAUGUUGGCAACAAAGGGGUUCAAAUGGGAUGAUAAAAAACACAUGAUAAGUGUAGAGAGAUCAGUGUAUGAAGAAUAUUGCAAGGCUCACCCUACUUGCAAAAAUUUAUAUGGAGCAUCUUUCCCUCACUUGCAUGUCAUGAUGGAGAUCUAUGGCAAGGAUUUUGCUAGUGGAAAGCCUGCCGAGGGGUUUCAAGAUGCCGUGGAGAACAUGGAAAAAGAGGAAGUUACGCAAGUGAAUAACGAUUCAAGUGACGAUGAUGUGGGUGGUAGUGGAAUCCAAAAUAUGGAGUCUGCUCCUCCAUCGAAGAAGGUGAAAAGAGACAAGACUUCCAAGAAAAAAGGAAGUGAAAAGGAGGCACUAAGUUGUAGUAGUUUAGAGCUGGCAUGCUUGCAGAAUUUCAUGAAAGACAUGAAUGGGCAUCUUUCUAGCAUGGCUAAUGUUUGGUCUCGGGCUGAUGAGCGUGAGCAAGAUAUAGCAGAUAAGUGUAAUAAAGUGUUGGAUGAACUACUACAACUAGAUGGCCUAUCCCCAGCUGAGGUUUUUGAGGCAGCAAAUAUUCUGACCGCUCAACUAAAUAAGCUGAAUAUCUUUUUCAAGUGCCCUACUUGUUUGAAAAUGCAAUAUGUGAAAAGUCUCCUUGGCUCUGGCGAUAAUGGUUGUUCUUAACUAUCUUAUUGGAGAGGUCCUAUGCUAUGUAUUUCUAUAACCCAUCAUGUAAAUCUGUACUCCCUCCAUUUGAUAUUAACUCUCACUUUUGACUAUUUCAUGUCACUGUGAAAGCAUGCUAGCUGGUAGUGUCUGAUAGUGAUAUGGAAACUGAUAAAAGUUGCUGGAAGAAAUAGUGUAUAAUGUUGUAGAGUUAUUGUUGCUGGUGAAACAGAAGCUGGUUUAGGCAGUGUCAUUUAGGAAUUAGGAGGCACCUGAUAUGAAUUGCGGAUUUGAUUGGAUCGACUAUUGAGUUGGUUUGUCCGAGUUCUAGGUUAUUCUCCUGCAAGGGAACAUAAGGUUUCCUGACUAUUGAUGUAAGGAUUAUAUUGCCUUGCAUAGUUGCUACUGCUGUUUCUGUUCUGUUUUGUUUUAUCGACGUUGAUGUUGUGUUGAUCCUUUUCAUUGGUAUUGUGACUUGUGAGUCUUGUUA